UUUAUGCGGAUUCGGUUCCUACUCAUUGGGUUUCCGCGUUCAGAGCCGAAACAAGAAUGGCGAUAUCUCGCAGAUGGAGACGAUAGCCCUGAGUUCUUCAAAGCCUUCCUCCCCUUUACCAGCGCUCACCAAAUAAUUGUACAUUUGUGGAGUACAAGCACUCAAGUUCAGGCCCUCUUUAAAAAGCUUCUGCUUCAUUUUACUCUUUGUAACUACUCGAAGUUCAACCAUGACUUCUCAAGGCCGGAGAGACUAUGAGAGUUCAGCAAUUACACCGAAAGUCCCACAUUUCUUCAAGAUAAUUCUCCCUCGUUGUCUUCAAGAAAGAAAACUUAUGAUUCCAAGAAGAUUUAUAAGGAAAUAUGGAGAAGGCCUGUCAAAUCUAGCUUUUCUCAAGCUUCCAAAUGGUGCAGAGUGGAAACUUGAAUUGACGAAAUGCGAUGGAAAGGUUUGGUUACAGAAGGGUUGGCAAGAAUUCAUGGAGUAUUAUUCUCUUAAGCUGGGGCACUUGCUGGUUUUUCGAUAUGAAGGAAACUCACACUUUUAUAUACUUGUAUUUGAUGAGAGUGCAACAGAGAUAGAUUAUCCUUCAAGUAGCUCCCUUGGUGAGGGGGAAAAUCUUGAUGGAGAAUUGUUAGUUUCUUGGAUGGAACAAACUGAUAGUGAUAGUCAUGCUCAAAUAUUGGAUGACUUUCCAACACUCCCAAAAACAAGGAAGAAAUCACAAUUAUCAAGUCCUCAGCCUCACAAGAUGAUGAGAACCAAUCGAAGUGCUAAAACUGCGAAUACUUCCAAUCUGUCAAGGUCGGUUCCUCCCUAUCGAUCUAAAGAUGCAAAGGUGAAGAAGUUAAAAGCGCAAGCAAAUUUGUAUCCUACCAAACAGGAGCUUGACGCAAAAGGUUCUAAACCGGUGCCUACUACCAAGCGAUGCCCAAAAUCGAAGACUCUUAGAAUGACUCGAAUGUUGAAUGUGAAUGAGAAGGCUAGAGCUCUUCAGAGGGCAAGUGGCUUUAGACCUGAAAGUCCUUAUUUUAAGGUUGUCCUGCAGCCAUCAUAUCUGUGUCGUGGAUGUAAGAUGUCUGUACUGGGUAGGUUUCUCGACAUCAAACAAAAUGGGCAGAUGGUGAUGCUUCUGGUUGGGGAUAAAUCCUGGCCGGUGAAGUUUCGCAGUUAUCCACAUUCAUCUUCUGUUGCCUUUACUAGUGGUUGGUCUACCUUUGUGAAGGAUAAUAGUCUGCAAGUAGGAGAUAUUUGUGCCUUUGAGCUGAUUAAGAGUGAUGAUGCUAUGCUGAAAGUCUCCAUUUUCAGAAACCUUAAUAGUGAUCUUUUGGUUUGUUCAAGGACCCAUGGCCAUCCCCACUGGGACUUCUUUCCUAUGUUCGAUUGCGGAAAAUUUUUCUCGACUCCGUACCGUCACAGUGUUUCCCACGUUCAGAGGAAAGUAUCCAACAAAAACGAGAGGAAGAAAGAGCGAGCCGAAACAACAAUGGCGAUGUCUCGCGUACGGAGACAACCCUCUUUCCCCGACGACGCCCCUGAGUUCUUCAAAGUAUUUCUCCCAUUUACUAGCUCUCACCAAAUGUCCAUACCACCUGCCUUUAUCAAGCACUUCAAUGGAACCAUCCCAAAGAAGGCCAUUCUCAUUGAUCAUACUGGAAAUUCUUGGACUGUCGGACUGGAACAAAUUAACAGGGGCUUGUGUUUUAAGUAUGGCUGGCAACAGUUUGCAAGUGAUCAUUCUCUGGAAUUUGGCGACUUCAUAAUUUUCAAAUACACUAAAAGUUGUAUGUUUAAGGUUAAGAUAUUUAGUAAAACUGGAUGCAUGAAGUAUGAAGCUGAAGCUACUGGUAAGACUAUUCCAUAUGUGACUUUUGAAGAAGAUACUAUAGCAGAGAAGGUUCGUGGCAGAUUGACUCGUGCCGGCAAGCGAAAGCUUUUGGAGAUAUGCCUCGAGAAAAAUGAAGAAGCAGGUGGUUUGUCUAAAGCUGGUCGACAAACAUCAAGAACAAUUGUUGAACAAAAAAAGAGCACUGACGUUGCCCGAUUUGUCACUCCAAAGAAUCCGUAUUGUGUGGUGUCCAUUUCUACCCGUGACAAAAAUUUCACUUGUCUUCAUAAAUCGGUGGUGGAGGCAUUUAACAUUAAACUGAAUCAAGACAUGGUGAUUUGCAGUCCGAAUGAAGAGAAGUUCCCUGUGAAAAUCCUAAUUUGGAAAAGUGGCCGAAUCAUUAUUUCUAAGGGGUGGUCUGCUUUUGCAAGGAAGAACAAUGUUCAACCUAAAGACCAAUGUGUGUUUGAGUUUGUCCUCGGAAGAGGAAAUAUAUGCAGCGAAAUGCGUGUUCAAAUUCUUCAAGGGAAGGCGAGAGUAGAGGAACUCUCUAAGCAUCGGUAUCAGUACAGGAAGAAGAAGGCAUGAUUUGCAAACCUUACAGUGCUUUCUCUCAAGGAUCGUUUUAGUCAGGUUGUAGUGUUUCAUACUCUAGUGUAUUUAUCUGUAUGUGUAUACGAUCGAGUUUUGUUCAUUUAUUCUUAAAUAUCAUUGCUGUUGACUCGAAAUUGGUUUCACUUCUUUUGAUGAUCAAGAACAAAUUGCUGAAAUUAGUGCUGGGGUUUCUGGUUUUGUAUGUUGGUUA